AUGGUGUGGGUAAAUGAAAGAGUGGUGACAGUCCUGCUCUUGUUAUCAGAGCAGAUGAGUGACGAGCAGAACGAUGCCAUUGCUGUUUCCACCCCAGCACAUCAUAAGGCCCAUGUGAGACUGCUCUCUGUGGCAUGGCACGGGCCUUCAAAGUGUUCAUACUAUCCCUCAGAAAGCACAGAGAGCACGCAGGACAGCAGCAGUGGCACUACAGAACAACUGAACAGUUUCCACUUUACUAUGGAUGAUUUUGAGUACAGUGUCCAAAUCUCUGAUCUUGACUGGGACUCCUUCUUCCAAGCAUGUGAAGAGUGUAACAUGUUGCCCCCAGGGUUAGCAGGCCUGGAUGACUCAGGAAUGAGUGACAUGGAUGACAUGGUGAACCAGCGAACACAGACUGUCACACAGACUACCUCACAUGACCCAGAGCUUCAAAUCGACGGCCCCCCUGACUGUGAAGGCUCUCCUGUGGAGCUUUACCUGAGCAAAUAUGGCUUGAGCAGUCCAGAUCAAGUUCUCUCUGGCAGUGAGGACGACUUCCAUUUGGAGGCUGUCAAUGUGUUCUUUGAGAGGUUGAAAAGUGUCUCAGUGACGGAGGAUCACACAAAUUUGGGGAGUAAUAUGGCUGGCCGUUCAGAGGAAUCUGAUGUGAAAGAAGACACUAAAGAGAUAGCAGUGUCUGCAGAAAUAUCGCAGUCAUACAGAAAUCAGACGGCACAGAGAAAUGACUGUCAUACCUAUGUGCACACUGUGUCUACAGAUGAUGAUUUAGACCAAGAAGUAAAUAAAUCUACCUGUCCUGGAACAGACCUGUUUAUCAGAGAAGACGACUGGUCACUGGAUGAAUUUAAAGAGGGAGAUGAAAGGGAGGCUAAGAUGAGGACACAACCAGACAAGGAAAAGAGUCCAUGCAAUGUUCGAGUCAAUGGGAAAGAGCUUACAGACCCAAACCAGGUCAAAGAAGCAAAUGACAAUCAGCUAGUAACAAUCAAUAAUUCUGACUUGCUAGUAGUUCAGGGUCAAGCUUCCAACAUUACCCCAAGAAGGCGAAGAAGAAAGAAAAAGAGAAUAAGUGUAGAACUAGUGGAAAUGGUUCCUGGAUAUGAGACUCAACUGCCAAGCAAAGUGAGUGACUCUGAUGAAGACACAUAUGGGAGAAGAGGAGAAAUGGAUCGAGAGAGUCGUAUGGCUGAAAACUGUGGCUCAGGGACUGUUUCUGAGGCAUGCUGUGCACCUCGUGACUUUCUAGCACAUCCUAUAAAAAAUUGUAUUUCAGAGAAUUUCUCAGUAUUUUCACAGUCAGUCCCAGUGAAAGGAGAUAUCAGGAAGUCUACACUGGUAAACCCUAAUUUACAAAAAGAGCUCAGUAAGAGUGCAGUAAGCAAGAGAGAAAUGGACAUAAUGUCUGAUAGUAAUCUGACUGGGAAACCAGCAGAAACUGGGCAACUUGCCAUGAGAGCAGAUCUCAAAUCUCCUGAGCCUGGUCUUUCUGUUACAGAGACACCUCAAAGUGAUGACAGUCUAUCGGCACACGAUAAUGGAGUUAAUGCAGGAAAUCGUUUACAGCUUAACAGUCAUUUGCCAUCAGAAAUGCUAGUAUCUAUUGCCAGCUCUGAUGUAUCAAAGAUUGAGAGAAAACCUGUAAACAUAGAAGAUCUUGUUAAAUUAUCUGUAUCACAUCACACAGAUGAUGUCAAUUCACAAAAACAUAGUGCAGCAUUACAGCUAGCACCUUUGAUACCAUCACAUAAUGUUGUUUACCCAGAGACACUCAAAAGUCAAUUUGAAGAUAGAGUGACGUUAUCAGACUUUCAGUUUGAUGGGCCUAGUGCAGUAGGUCAAAGGGAAACCUCAAUUUCCUGUGCAACAUUUCCUGAGUUAACAGACAAGUCACUCUUCUCAGCAUCUUACAAAAACACUGAAAAGAAAGAGAAUGAUUUGCGAGCUAAGGGGAGUCUUUCAGAAACGUCUAAUUUCAAAUUAUUGACACUGGCAGAUCAUGAAAAUAUGGCCCAGAUAAAUCACCAGAAUGAUCACAUGACACAAAUGAUUGCAGCCCAAAUACCAAAAGCAGACGAGAUCAUGGAUGCUCCAUCAGUUGAACCAAAAGCAGAAGUUGCAAACCAAAAAGUGUCAAAAAAGCCUGGCAUCUCAAAUACAUCUGUGAAUUCACAAAGUGAAGAUUGGACAGAAGAGAAAUCCCCAUCUUUAAGAUCAAAGAAUGUGCAUGAAAGCCAGAAAGGCAUAAAUAUGAAAGCUGUUGAAAUUCUGUCCCCUGGUAUCAAAGGAGACCGAAAUGAGGAACUGUCUCGUAAGGGGCAGAUCAAGGAAUACCAGACUCUGAUGCACACCACUGAACCAGACAGUCAACUUUCAGAUUACUCAAAGUCAGAACUCACAAUGUCUAAUAUUCUUACAAGUGGUGAAGAAGUAAAAGGUCAAAUUCUCUAUGUAGAUACACCACCUUGUUUUUCAUCUAAAGACCAUGACCUGUCACCUACUAUAGUUGUACAGCAUUCACCAUCUCCUCCUCCUGAGUCAACAGGUGGAGCUAAAAGUCUAGAAAUGGUAGAUCCUGAUCCUGUAAGUCAACUCACGCCUCCUAUAUAUGCUAUAUCUUCCUUUUGGAAUGAAAUGGAGAAGCUGACCAUAAAUGAUAUUUUGCGACUCCGUCUGGUUGGCCAAGCUCAGCACCCCAGUGUGCUACUCCAGCCAGAGGAUAGCAGUAUUGCAGAUGUGACAAAUGCAGGGGAUUCAGGAUAUUUUACGCACUCGGAAGAAUCCAAGCCUGACCAUUCCAUUAGGAAUAUGUCAUUCAUAUCUGACUUUGAUGGAGAGCUUGCACAGCUCCUAUCACCAGAUGCAGCUAAACUAGAUGAGGGGAUAAGAGAGUCUCCUAACCCAACAGGCAUCCUUUGGGAAAGUGAUCCAAAUCUGUCUGGAACUGCACCUGGAGUGGAAGACGUGUUUAAUUCAGAUACAGCCCAUUCAUCUUCUCUCUAUAGAAAUAAUUCCAAUCAUUGCUUCAGGAAGAUGUGCAAAAAUAUUAGUGUCCAGAACUUGCAAGCUCUUGAAGGUCAAAACCUGGGAAAAAUCCUGAGAAAUGCCUCUCAUCACUCCAUCCAUUCUGUUUACUCCACUCAUUCCGAAGUUGAGGAUGACUAUGUAGAUCCAUUCGAUCGUGUUGAAACUUCAUCCCCAGUGUAUCUCUCUGAUGAGGAGGAGAUGGACAGCACUGGCAUCACUUUCUCAGAGAUCAUUGAGUAUCUGUUUGGUACGGAUGAACCUGAGCAGUCUGCCUCUGAGGCACACACUAUAGCUGCUUCUUAUCUCAAUGGAACUGAGACCUCUGUCCCUGAGAUGUAUGACCAUUUCUUUUCAGAGUUUGAGCCUGAAAAUUUAUUUUACCCACUUGCAGACAACAACAGCAGUACGAACGAUGAGCUGGUUCCCAUUUUCUCCUCCUCACGCUCAGCAACCCGGAACGUCCAGUUCCCUGAGGUGUAUGAUUACUUUUUUCCAGACGAUUCCCCUGUUCACUCAGAUGAAGAUGAGGAACCUGAGCAUACAGUCAUACGAGUGGUCACACGAUAUGACCACAUGCCAACCAAGAACCAUGAUUCUGUGGCAGCCUCAGACCCACACAAACAAUGUUUCCCUGAGAAAGAUAAUAGCUGGAACUUCCUGUGGACAAACCCUUUUUCAUUUAGGAAAGUCAGGCGCACAGGAUUCACAGUCCCACCUGAGGAGUCCAGUUCUCAGGCUCUGACGCCUGUAAAAAAUACUGGCAGGUCAUUUCGUGGAGGAAUUCAACCUAUAAACAUAUUGGGUGUUGAUGAGAGCCCAUUUCCAGACCCGCUGAUUCUCAGCCUGGAGAACCGCAUCUUCAGACAGCUGGCAGAGCAGCAGAAGAUAUGCAACAAGAUGCAGACAGCUGUUGCUGAUCCAAGACUGGAUGCACCACUGUUGCCCAUUAAACAGGCAGAUAUGUGCUUGGUUUGCAUUGCCUUUGCCUCAUGGGUCCUGAAGUCAGUCAACCCUCAAGGAGCUGAUACAUGGAAAGCUGUUCUAUUGGCGAAUGUAAGUGCUCUGUCUGCCAUCCGAUACCUCCGGAGAUUCACGAGGGAUGAGGCGGCCAAGAUAUCUCCACUGCGUCAGAUCAAGCCUGCGUAAAUCUGACCACAGGCCUCUGAGUGUUGCCAGGUCACCUUUCAGUCAGUCACUCCAUUUUCCUAUGUAACCCUAUACAUAUCAUAAGCUGUGCUUGCAAAAAAUAUCAUGUGAUUAAUUAAUAAUCUUCAUCUAUAAACUUGCUCAUUGAGCCAAGACAACGGGCAUUAGCUUUCAUAUUCUUCAAGGAACACUUCAUAACAAUGCAGUAUAAAAUAAAAUGACCAAAUCUUGAGAUUUCAUGAGCAGUGUAGUACAGUUCUGCCAGUUUUUUGUGGGCAAAGAGAAUCAGGUAAGUUUUUGAUCGUUAGUAAGGUAAGAUAAGUGGGAGUAUAAUAUAAGGUGUUGAUCAUGAGGUAAGAUAAGGGCAUUAACUUUCAUCACAUGCAAUAUUCUUGAAACUGACCAAUCCUGUGAUGAAAGGUAUGCUAUAAGUGAUGAUGUUUAAAAUGGUAUUUCUUGUGGACAGGAGAAACAGCAUUCAGCAGAAGGUAGAAGAGAAAGUGAAUAAGGGCAGUUGUACAGUGGCUCAUAGAAAUUAAUGAAAUGAAAUUAACAAAAUGCUGAAAUUUGGGUCCAAGCACAAAAAUGCUUUCAGUUGUGACAAGUUGUGCAUCACUAAAGGAUAAACUAUAUCAUUUAAUUUAUUAUGAAUGCCCAUAACCUGUGAAUGAGGUUGCUUAUGGAGCACAUACAGCUAUACAGCUGUGAUAUAAAGCCCAAUUGUGUUGAUAAAUACAUAAAUAAUUUUAGGGACUUGAUCUAAUAUAUUGGUGUUCGAGUGCUAUCUACUGCUAUGUAUCCUUACAAUAAUAGUGCUAACAUAUCAUAUAUUUAUUAUCACCUCUACUUCUUUGUUUUGUUUUGUUUUUCUUCUUAGACAGUCCUUUCUGGACAGUGCAAGACAGGACUAAUACUGUAUUUCAAUGAAAUAAAUU